AUGUUGCAAUCUACUCUACAUUUUGUGGAUCAUAAUUUUAGUCUUCUAAAUAUAUCUGGAAGGACGAAACAUGGAGAAAUUGUUCGUCUGAGGCUAAGAAAGUCACUAAAGAAGAUGAUUAAAGAAUCCGAUUUUCAAGCCCUCCAAUCAUUCAAACAAGAACUCAUUGACCCAAAUGGGUUCCUGAAAAGCUGGAACGAUAGCGGAUAUGGAGCUCAAGGUCACUGUGCUCAAGGUCAAGUUAUCGUGAUUCAACUUCCAUGGCGAGGAUUAGGUGGUCGAUUCACACCGAAAAUAGGUCAGUUUCAAGCUCUCAGAAAGCUUAGCCUCCAUGAUAAUGCCAUUGAAGGUUCGAUUCCGAAGGAAUUAGGGUUCCUUCCGAAUCUCAGAGGACUUCAGUUGUUUAACAACAGGUUCACUGAUUCGAUUCCUCCCGCAUUGGGUUCAUGUCCAUUGCUUCAAACUAUUGAUUUGAGUAAUAAUUCUUUGGUGGGUGUAAUCCCAGAAAGUCUUGCUAAUUGUUCUAAGCUUUGUAAGUUCAAUAAUUUUUCUGGUGCUCUUCCAGAUUCUUGGGGGAAUGACAAAAAUGGCGUCAAAUCCAUGCUCCAAUACAUUAUCCGGGGAACUACCAUUACAGCUCACAAGAUUAAACAACUUGCAGAGAUCAUCACUCGGGAACAAUUUGCUUUCGGGUGUAGAGAUUGUUUGAGCCGAAAUGGAGGAUGCGACAAGUUUAUCAAUAAGCUUUUAGAUGCUAAGAUAAUCAAAAAAGAUUCAAGAAACCAAAUAAUCCACUCUUGCAAUUCUUGCAACAGAGAUUUGUUAACUAGAAGCGGAAGAAAAAAAAAUGUUCAGUCUUGUACUAAAAAAAGAAGCCACUAUCUUGUUGCUGGCAUCUUUGAAUCAAAGAAAACGGAGAGAUUAUCUCUUCCAAAAGAUGCAAAAGAUAAUUUUUUAGAUUUUUCUUCUAACAUAAAGGCUUCAUUUAGGUCCAAUUCUUUGGUAGAUAUUUCGUCUUCUUCCAAAGGAGCUUCAUCGGUCAAACUUGUUAAGGUUAAAAGGGUUGCCAAAGUCAUUUCAAGUAUGAAUGAAGAUGAUGAUUUUGUUCGUCCUCCUGAUCUUGGUCAAUUUAAUGUUAAGAAUGCUGAAAUUACAUAUAGGAAUCCUUCGGGUUUAGUCUCUACAAUUUACAGAAUCCCUAAUGAUAUUCAGAAAGUUAUAGUUAAGGAUAUAGGACAUCAAGAAUCCUCAAUAUUUGUUGGUCUGGUUGCAUUUCUAGUGUUAUUGUAUCUUCAUUGCACAAAGACAUCUUCAGAAUCAUUCGCUAUGCCUACUAUUGAUGAUUGGAUCAAUCGUUCUUGGAAUCAGCUCCCAGGCAACAAAGAGAUGUUAAAGUAUGCCGAUAAACGAAAUGUUGAAUUUAACCAAGUUCAUCAAAAUCUUGUGUUAUUUUUUGGCCCAAAAGUAAAUCAACAUGUUGAAGCUUCUAAGAACUUGACAAAUGUUGAAAAACAAAAUGAAGAUGUUCAAGGUUGGGACUUCCCUCUUUUGGCUACUCGUAAUCAUAGGGAAAAAGUUUAUGAAUCCGCCAAUGGAUCUGUUGAUAUAAGAUUUGUGAUGGAGUUUCCCAUAACGGGUUGUAGGAUUCACAAAUGUGUUAUUGAUUUAUGGUAUGAUUUUCUGAAUGAUCUUAAAAAAUUUAAAGAAAUAAAGAUGAAAGUGAUUGAUAACGACAUGACUAGAGGAGGGAUCCCUUCAAAAUAUCGGGUUUUUCUUGAUAAUUUGAAAACAAUGUCUAAAUAG